AUGAAAAAUCUCGAUGGUUCAUUAACUGAUGUUACAAAUCUUUCUAAUUUACAAAUGAAUAUAAAACAACAAACAUGUUCAUGUUCAACAUGUACUUGUUCAAAUGAUGAAAAUAACAUAAAAUCAGACUUUUUUGAAAAUACGGAUGAUUGUUUAACAUAUACUUUUAUAACUCUUUAUGAAUGUUCUCUAUGGUGUAUUCAAAUAAUUUAUGAACUUUUCUUUAAAACAUUUUGGCAAAUUCUUGUAUACAUAAAACAAGAAGUACAAUAUACUCAAAGUGUUAAUAAGGGUAUUGAUAGUUGGGAUAUGUCAUCUAUCAACAACUCAUCAAGUAAUAGUUAUUCAUUAGUGUCUAAGAAGAGAAAGUAUUCCAACUUAUCAAAACGUUAUAUACCAUCUCAUUAUUCAUUAUUUAAUCAAAAUAUGAAUCGAAUAUUAUCUCAAGAAAAAACUAGUUCAAUUAUGGAUAAACAUAUUGUUUUAGUACCUGUUCGUUCAUCUUAUUGUCAAACGGAAUUAUUAACAAAUGAUUUACCUACAAUUAAUAUAAAUUUAAAUCAAUCAGAAAAAAAUAUUAAUCUACAUAAACAAUUAUCUAAUACCAUUUAUAGACGUUUAGAUGAACCAUUGAUAUUUACAAAUCGUGAAAUAUGUUGUAAAUAUAAUCAAACGCCAUAUUUUUCAACUAUGCCAUUAGGUAUUAAAAUAAUCUUAAAUAGAUAA